CAGGCGAUGUGGCGGGCGGCGUCGGUCCGCGAAGCGUUCUGGAUGGGUCAACUCGUCGUUGCUCAGAGCAGGCACUGGCAAAGGCUUACCUCGGCAAGCGGUCUCCUAGCCGCGUGCGGACUGCCAAUGCGGCCAGCAAGGUGGCGUGCAGGAACCCAGCGGCCGCCCAGAGGUCCUGCUUUGCCAUGGCCGACAAGGAGGCGUUGCACGCGUCGGCGCCGACACCCCCUGAUGCGGAGAGGAGGCCGCCGACGACGGCGAGCGCCGACGCGAUCAGUGCGGCGCUGAAGAGGACGGCGACGCAGCCUGACGCCCAGGUUCGAGCUCAGCAGCUGGGCGCUGGGCGGGCCGGGGCGCAUGGGCGAUGCUGCCCAGCGCGGGAGGCGCGCUGGCCCGCCACAGGGGCGGCGCGUGGCCUCGGGCCGCCACCCGGGCGGGAUCCUCCCGCCGCGCGCCGAUCUCCGCCGCCGCCGCGGGGCCCCACUCGAGCCU